AUGAUAAAAUAUAGUAAAACAUUUUUUAGAGGGUUUAAUUAUGCUAUUGGAGUGUCUUUAUUUAUUUGUGGUUUUUUAUUAAUUAUUGCAAGUUGUUUAAUGAAUGGAUUUAUUAUUAAUGGAGGAGGAAUAAUAAAUGUAUUAUUCUUAAUAUUUAUUAUUGGAUCAAUCUCUUAUUUUUCAUAUGACUUAAGACAACUUUUUACUAUGGAUGAGGAGAAAGCAAAACCAUUUCAAAUUCCUUAUGAUUGUUGUGGUUGGAAAUUUACUAAUAUUACUACACUUAAUAAUUCUACAUGUCAAAGUCCUAUUGGAAUUAAAACUGGAAAAACUUGUUUUCAAGUUUUAAAAGAUAUAGAAUAUGCUGAUUAUCAAGAAAUAGUCGUUAUGAUGUAUUCUAUUGUCUUAAUUCUUAUUAGUGAAAGUUCUUAUAGAUUACUUAAUGAAACUCUUCAACAACAAAAUAUAAAUCAAGAAGUUUCUAUUCUCCCAAGAAUAACAGAUGAAAUAACUGAUAAUAAUGAAGAAUAUGCUAAUGAUUCAAAUGAUAACAUUAAUUCUCCAUUAUUAAUAAAUUCUCAAGAAGGAAUUACUCAAAGAAUUAGUGAAUCUACAACUACAAAUUCUGAGGAUUAUUUAGUUUAA